AUGGUCGCCUCAAAUAAGCACCCACUGGUGGCCUACCAACCUUUCAAGUUCUUGUUCCAACUAGCAUAUUUCACAACCAUCAUCGCUCGUCUACCUCUCUGGCUCACACUUGCAUUUUUCGCACCUCUGCGGCCACACCCCAAGUGGACUGCAAAGCAGACAUUUAUGGCUCAAGUCGCGUAUGCAUUGACGGAUCUCAAAUCUCGCAUUGGAGUGACCUCCAAGCUCUCGCUUGAACAAGGCAAAGAAGAAGAUCGUUUUCAAGUAAUUGAACCGUCAAACUCGGAAGCCUAUAAAGGACCAUUGACAUCCCUAAUCGUCAAGCCUGGAUCGGUUGGUGGAACCUGGUAUCCAAAGGCACCUGGAAAGGACAUUGCUUCGAAAAUAGUUGUGCUCUAUCUACACGGAGGGGCUUUUGUGGAAGGAGAUGGCAGAAAUGAGUUUUGCGGAUAUCCGGUAAAGACCAUGAUUGAGCGAGGGGGUGUAGAUGCCGUCUUUUCCCUACAAUAUCGCCUUUCCGGAUGGAUGGGGGUCAAUCCUUUCCCAGCUGCUUUGCAAGAUGCACUCACUGCCUAUCUAUUCCUCGUCGAAAAGGUCCAAAUACCAUCUCAUCAGAUCGUUCUUUGUGGUGAUAGUGCGGGUGGUAAUCUGGCAAUAACACUUCUACGAUACCUUGAAGAAUUCGGUACUACAAUACCACGACCAAGAUGUGUUACCUUGUUCUCGCCAUGGGUUGCACCAUUCGAUUACAAUACCGAACAAAAUCCUAAUCGCAACUCUGAUUUUCUACCGACCUCCUUCCUUCGAUGGGGAGCGCAUACUUACGCCGAUGGACUAUUGAAUUCCCCAUCAGACCCGUACAUCACACCUCUGGGCAAUCCAUUUGCAACGUCGGUACCGAUAUUUGUCAACGCAGGAAAUGCAGAGAUAUUUUUCGUUGCGAACAAGAAAUGGGUUAAACAGAUGAAAGACGUGAAAGACAACCACGUCGAUUUUCAUGAGGAAGAUGCUGCAUUGCAUGAUACCUUCCUACUUGCUAGUAUCCUAGGCUUUGAAGAAAGUGCUCAGGAGGUCAUCUUGAAAAUGGGGACUUUCGUCCGCAAAUGUUAA